UGCGUGCUGGAGCCCGCGACGGAUGCGCGUAUCAGGGCGCAGGCGCGGGGAGGGGGUUGGGAGGAGGGGAAGCGGCGAGUAAGAUGGAAGAUGAGGAGGUCGCUGAGAGCUGGGAGGAGGCGGCAGACAGCGGGGAAAUAGACAGACGGUUGGAAAAAAAACUGAAGAUCACACAAAAGGAGAGCAGGAAAUCCAAAUCUCCUCCCAAAGUGCCCAUUGUGAUUCAGGACGAUAGCCUUCCCACCGGCCCCCCCCCACAGAUCCGCAUCCUCAAGAGGCCCACCAGCAACGGUGUGGUCAGCAGCCCCAACUCCACCAGCAGGCCAGCCCUUCCUGUCAAGUCCCUAGCACAGCGGGAGGCAGAGUACGCAGAAGCCCGGAAGCGGAUCCUGGGCAGCGCCAGCCCCGAGGAGGAACAAGAGAAACCCAUCCUCGACAGGCCAACCAGGAUCUCCCAACCCGAAGACAGCAGGCAGCCCAAUAAUGUGAUCAGACAGCCUUUGGGUCCUGAUGGGUCACAAGGCUUCAAACAGCGCAGAUAAAUGUGGGCAAGAAAGAAUGCUGCCGCCGUCACCACCUCCUGGGUCGUCCGCCACGGGUCGCACUGCCUUGGCAGACAACUGGACUUGAGCAGAGGGAAGGACCUGAUUAACUUGCACUGUGAUCCCUUUUGCUCCUCCCACUGUGACCUUGAACCCCAUGCACUGUGACCUUCCCCUUUUCCCCCUUCCCACUGUGAUUGGCAUGUCUACAAGGGCUGUCCCAAGUCAACGGAAAGGGAAAGGAUGGGGGUUAGGGGACUUAAGAGAGUCAGACAGUGCCACUUGGCCACUUGGGGUAAAGCCAGUGCCAGCAAUAACAGUUUAUCAUGCUCAUUAAUUUGGGAUUUCAAAACAAAUGAGAACUCCCAUCCACCCACCCCCAAGUGCAUGUCUUCGUCACUUAAAAGCAAGUUCCAUUUGAAAAUUAUCCUUUCUUUUUUUUUUUCUUCCUAUUUUUGUUUGUUUAUACAAAUACUGAUUUGCAAGAAAAAGUGCAUGGGAAGGGUUUUAGCAGUUUAAUGAAUUUUUAAUUAAGAAAGGGUAGUUUGGUAGUCUACUUAAAAAUGUUUCUGGGAAAUUUACUAGAAACAUUAACCAAUAGGUUUUUGGUGAGCUUAGCUUCUGUAUUCCUACUGCCGCCCAGAAAAGGGGCAGGGCUCUGUAGCCGCCAGGACAGAUGAGCACCCCAUGCCUAUACCUCCCUCCCCCCAGCUAAGUCCCAGGGCAUCAUGGCCCUACCUGGAGACUGGGCUCAUUCUAUAGGCUCAGAGAGCCUGGGGAGGGUGCCAACCCCACCUCUAGUAUUUUGGGAGACAGGGAAAGUGAAGAGACUUUCCCUUCCCAAUCCCCUCAGGGUGGCUCCCUACCAGCCAGGCUUGCUACUUCUAGGAGAGAGCAGGGAGUGAGACUGCACUCCUGAGCUUAGCAGUAAAUGAUGUGAGGCUUGCUCAGUAUUUUGCUGUCAGCACAAGGAAAGCCAGGAGAGAGUCUGGCUCCAGGGCUCAGCCUCCUGCCUAGUGUGGUCAGAAGGUGUCUGUGGAGUGCCAUCUCCAGUGAUGGCAGCAGCUCGGCAACUGUAGCUGGUACAUUUCCUUUGUGAAAUCACCACCUUGGGAGCAGACCAUUCUGAAUACAUACGGGGAAAGACAAGCUGUGCAUUGCAGAUGGGUGAUGACAGACUGCUUCCUCACAGUCCUAGGCUACCCUUCACCCUUUUUCCAGAGCCAGGGCCUGGAAUGAAGGCAGUUUCCCCUCUGUCCCUGGAGCCUAGGGAUUUGCUUUGGCUCCUUGAGGUGGAAGAGACGAGGAGGGCGGCUGCCCAGAGCAGCUCUGUGUGUGUCCAGUCUGGCCCUCUCAGGCUUUCUCUGGUCUCUUCUGUUGCACUGCGCCUUAUCCCCCAGCCAGCCAGCCAGCCUCCCACUCAGUGGAUGAGUUUUGGAGUGGCGGGUGUGAUGUUUUUGUGAUUAGGGCAGCUUGUGGUGGCCAAGGUGGCAAGCUAGGUUUUGGAGUCUCACUCUACCUUUGGUUCACCUGGCUCUUGGCCUUGCCCUGUGGGAAUGUAGGCCAGGCUCAGCAAGCCAUGUCCCACUACAUUUUCCCCGUAGAAGGAAGGGCCAGCUGCCAGUUGAAUCAGCAACUAGUCCGCAGCACAGUCUUGUAACUGUGUGAAGCCAGAUAAUUGUCUCUGAGCGGAGCUGGAACAGAGAGCUUCGGUCAGUAAGAACCUACAGGUUGUUGAGUUGUGACCGUAGACUAUUCUGGCAGGGAAUUACCUCCAGGUGUGGGCAAGGGAGAAGGUUGAUUGCUGUCUUUAGAGUUCCACUGCCCUGACCAAGUUUCUUCAUUCUAAAUGUGUAGUGUCCAUCCCUCCUGUAAUAGUGGUUUCUGGCCCGAAGUGAGACUGUCCUUUCAGUUGGAGAAGGGCGCAGAGGUAGGCCAGAUGGAAAGGCCAGAAGUGCUGAUUGCCCAGCCAUUGGGACAACCUGUUCUUGCCCCCCGCCCCUAAUGGAGCCAGAGGGAAGACUGGCUGAUGGGUGUCUGUGGAUGAGGAUAUAGUAGGGACUGGUGCUCCCACCUCCCUCUGGCCAAAGAUGGGGCUCUGCCCACUGUGUGCCUGUACCUCCUUGGCUUCCCAGAUGGAGAGGUAGCAAAUUUUUUAAAAAGAAAAACGAAAACAGUGAACUAUUGUGUUGGGGGAGGUGGGAAGGGAGAUGGGAGAACGGUUUGGGGUGGUGUGUGUGUGUGUGUGUGUGUGUGUGUGUGUGUGUGUUGGUAGUUGUCUGUAACUUUCCUUAAGUGCUUUUUUUUUUAACUUUUUUAAGUAAGCUGCGGGCUUUGGCUUAGAAAACCCCGGGGGGGUGUAGGGGGCAGAAACCUGAGGCUGCUGCCCUUUAUCUGCCUUCAUGGUACUGUCCCUUUCCCCCAGCUCCUCCCUCACCCCAUGAGCCAAGCCUCAGACCUUCCAGCUAACUGCUUCCCAUGAGCCACUACUCUGUUGUCAGCCUAUAACCAAAGGAGCUGGGGGUCUGGGCCUGGUGACCAACCCUUCUCAGCCCACUCAAUCAGGGUGCUCCCCACCUGCAGGCAGGAGGCAACACCCUAUCUGCUACCAUCAGCCCCUUCCAGAGCCCACUGCCCCGCCCUGCCCUGUCCAGUCCAGCCAUACCCUGCUCUGCCCCAUCUGGGGAUGCUCUGCUCAGGGAUGGGCCGGUAGGGCUACCCCAGCCUCCCUGCUAAGCAGAGACUCUGGAAACCUCUGGGGUCCUGUUUUCUGGCCAUGUGAUUCCAAGGGUGCACAUGGGCCCCUUGGGUGUCUGAACAGAAGGGCAUGGGAGGGAGGGCUGCACCCCUGCAGUCCUGCUCUGCUGAUCUAGCGGGCAGCUGCCCACCCCACCCCGCACCGCGGGCUCCUGAGUCGGCAGAUUAAGCAUUUUAUAAAUUGUAUUUUAAAUACAUGUUUUAAACUUGUCA